UCUCCCCAACCUUUCCCCUAACGGUACAUUCACACCGUGUUCUAUCCGUCUCUGCGUUAAUAACGGUCCGCUCGUGCGCGCGACAGAGAAACUAAACCUUCCAAGUUAAAUGCCAGUGUAAAUCAAGCAAGUAGUGAAAAUAGUUGACGUUCAAUGUUUGUUGUGUUCGUGUUACGUCCCCCGUUCUGUCAAAAAACUCGCAAAAGUGGCCAAGAUAAUGCGUGAGUGUGGUGUGUGCCCCACUUAGGUUAUCUGUCAGCAAAAACAUUGCAAAAGAUAAGCAACGGCCACAAUGUUCAACUUUAUCAAGAAGGCGGGGACCGGCGUGACCUCAGAUAAGGACGAGAAAGAGAAGCGGAAACGCGACAAAAAGGACCGGAAGGACAAACAAAAAAGGGAACGUGCUAGCAUGUCCGCCGAAGAACUGUUACGAUUGGACGAAGUACGACGAUCGUUGAAAAUUCGCGGACGUCGUAAAGAAAAGGAAAAACUUCCUUCGGGAAUCACAGCCGAUUACACGGCCGAUUUUUUGGCGAGUUUAGAUCGCCAGGAGUCGACUGUCCCUCACAUGAACCACCUCCAGGAGGGGCACACACAGUCCGAUAGCAGCGAAACGAGCUUAAACUCCCUAAACAACCCCCAAACCAAUAAAGUGUUACCACCCCUACCUCCAAAACCCCCAAAAAGGGGUAUUUUAAAGACCCCCCGCGUCAGCGUCACCCAAGACAACGGAUACGACAAUCUAGUCCGUAACACAAUCCAAAACGAACUCAUCACAUAUCAAAACAUCCCCAACGGCGGAAUCAACGGCAAAAACCUCGGCUCGGAACUUUUAGUCAUAACGUCAACAUCGCCAAGUGCUGACAGUCUAACAGACACGACAAAUUCCUCCUUCGCCACGCCACCAUUCUCCCUAAGUCCAGUCGGGGAAUCACAGGGUUUUCAUCGCUGGUCACGUACGUCGAAUUUCGACGAUGUUGAGUUACCGUUACCGGAAAUCGCGCCGUUAACGUUACCGAAACCGCGAACGUUAACGAUACAAAGACAGAAACCGCCCCGGAAUGAUUUCGGGUUUUCGUUGCGGCGUGCAAUGGUUUUGGAACGGGUUGUUGUGAACGGGAACGGUGCCGCCGGUGACGGAACGUUAACGAUGAAAGCGGUCAUUUUUGCGGAACCGGGUGCUAUGGUGCAGCAUAAUAACGAGACGGGGUUGUUACCGGGCGAUAAGUUGUUGGAAGUGAACGGGUUUCCAGUGGAGGAUAAGACGAGGGAGGAGAUUAUUGAUAAGAUUAAGGCGUCGGGGGAGUGUGUCACGUUGAAGGUCCAGCCUGUGGCGGAACUGAGCGAGUUGAGCAGACGAUCGGCCCAUGACGGCGGCGAGGUCGUUCUGGAUGAUUCAAAUAUCCGUGGUGGUACAUUACGACGUUCCGGAAGUCGAAGAUUCAACAAAUCGACUACGGCCAAGUCUGAGGAACACCUCGAAAAGGAGAAACAAUGGCUGGACACGGAAAAAGUGUGGUUGAUGCACCGUGGUGGUUUCACGGCCGCCUUGAAAAACGGCGAAAAUUUCACCGAACCUGGAAAAAUCCAAGUGUGUCUGGAACACAGCAAGGAAAUUCUAACCGUCGACGAAGACGACAUCGAGAAAGCAAAUCCGCCCCAAUUCGACCGUGCCGAAGAUUUGGCCGCUUUGCGACACUUGAACGAGUCGAGCAUUUUACACACUUUGCGCCAACGCUACGCCACCAACUUGAUCCACACUUACGCCGGCUGCGGCACCCUGCUGGUGAUCAACCCCAUGGCGCCGGUGGCCAUCUACUCGGAGAAAGUCGUCGCUUUGUUCAAAGGCUGCAAAUCGGAAGACAUGCCCCCUCAUAUUUACUCCAUGGCGCAGUCUUGCUACCAUGGCAUGCUCUCCCAGCGCCGUGACCAAUCUCUGGUUUUUCUCGGUCGUUCCGGUUCGGGAAAAACGACAAAUUUCCGUCACUGCAUUCAAUAUUUGGUGACGGCGGCCGGUUGUGUUAACAAAAUCCUGACGGUGGAGAAAUUAAGCGCGCUAUGGACCGUUCUUGAAAGUUUCGGCAAUUGUCGGACUGUUAUGAACACGAAUGCGACGCGUUUUACGCAAAUUUUUAGCCUCGAUUUCGAUCAAAGUGGUGUUAUAGCGUCUGCCAGUAUUCAGAUACUGUUGUUGGAGAAGGCGAGGAUUGCGAGGAAGGUUGAGGGAGAGACGACGUUUCAUAUAAUGCAGAGAUUGUUGAGUGGUGUUGAAGGAGGGCUGAGAAAAGAGUUGUUUUUGGAGAAUUUGUCGGGGAAUGAGAACAAUGCGUUUGUGACGCUUUUGCAAAAACAUGAGGAUAAGCAAAGGGCGCAAGGGGAGUUUGUGAAAGUGUGUGCUGCGUUUAAUGUUUUGGGGAUUGGGGAGAAUGAACAGAAGAUUAUUUUUAGUGUUUUGGCGGCGAUUUAUCAUCUGGGGAGUGCUGGAGCUGUCAAAGCUGGUAAUUCGAACCGUUACCAAUUCGCCAACCCCCAAGCUGCCCAACGCUCGGCCACCCUUUUGGGCACCAGUGUCGAGGAGCUGUCUCGUGUUAUUUUCGGGCUUUCAUCUGGAGGCAUGGUCACUCCAAACACCCCACGAGCGCCAUUUCGCACCCCAUCGCCCAUUGACAAGGGCCUUGAACGUGAAGCCGUGGGCAUUGAAGCAAUCGAAGGCAUGGCGAUGGGACUUUACGCUGAAGUUUUCAACUGUAUUGCUUCUCUAAUCAAUCGUUCAAUAUCUGCAUCUUCACACACCGUUUCAAGCAUUCUUCUUGUCGACACGCCCGGUUUUCAAAACCCAGCCACUUGUGGCCGCCAAGCCGGUGCUAGUUUUGAAGACUUAUGCCACAAUUAUCUACAAGAGCGAUUGCAACUUUUGUACCACCAUACGAAUUUAGUGGCACCUAAAGACCGAUACAUGCAAGAGAAUAUCGAUUGUGUCUAUGACGAGAAUGAGAAUUUAAUCAAUCCAACACCGUUGGUGAAUCUGAUGGAUAAGGCGGCGCAAAAUAGUGUGGUGCGGACGUCACAAACCGACUUGCAUGAAGGUGAUCGUCGUGGCCUUCUCUGGUUGCUUGAUGAAGAAGCAAUUUAUCCAGGAUCUACAGAUGAUUCGUUCCUUGAACGGCUUUUUACACAUUAUGGUGAUAGAGAUCAUCAACUUUUGUUGCGUAAAGCACCAGGAAAUAAUCAGUUUAUUUUGCAACAUUUGCAAGGAACGAAUCCGGUCCUGUACACUGCCAAAAACUGGCUCAAACAUAGUCGAGAAAAUCCCAUUUCCAGGGCCGCCGUCACAGUAUUACAAGAGAGUUGCAAAGAAGACAUGAGUAAGUUAUUUGUGAGCGUCCGAGGCCUGGCAGCCACAAGUUUUAGCGGUUCUUUGGUCGGAAUCGAAGGCUCGCAAUCCUUACGAAGAGCUUCAAGCAUUCGUCGAACUUUUACAGCCGGUACAGCGGCCAUUAAGCGAAAAAGCAUAUGUUUACAGACGAAAUUUACCGUUGAUGGUUUGAUUGAAACUUUACGACGAACACGUUUACGAUUCGUUCAUUGUCUUCUACCUCAGCAUAAUGCCGGUUUUUGUGAGGCCUUGGCCGUCAAAACGAGCUUAGGUCAACAGGAGGACGCUCUCAUGAAUAUUCCUUUAUUGAGGUCACAAAUACGCGGCGGUCAAAUUUUGGACGCUGUGCGUUUUUAUAAACAGGGCUUUCCGAAUUUUUUGCCAUUGAGCGAAUUCAGGAGACGGUUUCGGCUACUGGCCGGUGAUGGUAAAAUUUCCAGUCCGGUCCUGGAUGAGAGGAAAGCAGUGGAGGAUAUGCUGUUGGCUGUGGAUUUGGAGCUGUCAAGCUACAGGGUCGGAUUAAGUCAGAUUUUUUUCCGAAAUGGGGUUCUCUCACAAUUGGAGUCUCAAAGGGACGAACGUCUUGCCGGUAUGGUGGUUAACUUGCAAGCUCAUUGUCGCGGUUAUUUAGCAAGACGUAAAUUAACACAAAGAAAAUUGCAAGAUUUAGCCGUGAGAUGUAUCCAGAGAAACGUGAGGAAGUUUCUUCUGGUGAGGGAUUGGCCAUGGUGGAGGCUACUGGUGAGGGUGACACCCUUGCUAAAUGUGCACAGGACCGAAGAGGAAUUGAGGAUGAAAACGGACGAGUUAGAGGCGCUUAAAUCAAAAUUGGAAAAAUUGGAGACGGAACGGACGACAUUGAAACACGAAAACGACAAACUGGAAGCCAAGCUAAGCGAGAUGACGGCCGACUUAGCCGAAGAACAUUCAACUUCGACGCUGGCUACAGAGCGUCUCGACGCCGAAACGUCGGAACGCAUUCGUCUCGAACGCGAACUGUCCGAAGUCCAGCACAAGAACAAAGAACUGCAACAGUCGUCCGAACGUCUGGAAAUGGAACUUUUGUACGCCAGGAGUGACCUGAACGGCAUCUCCGAAGAGGACGAAGACGCGGACGUGGACGGCGGUGUCUACAAACAGCGCUAUGAAAGAGCCGUCCGUGAAUUGGAGUUCACCAAACGUAGACUGCAACAACAACACGAAGAUGAUUUAGAGCAGUUGGUGGGCUUGAAAAAACAGCUCGAGAAAAAGUUGACAGAUGCGUACGAAGAAGUGGAAGAGCAGAGACAAGUUGUGGGACAGUGGAAGCGAAAAGUACAGAAAUUGAACGGCGAAAUGAACGAUUUGCGUUUACUUUUGGAGGAACAAAGUGCGCGUAAUAAUUUACUGGAGAAGAAGCAAAGGAAAUUUGAUUCUGAAACGCAACAGUUGCAAGAAGAAUUGAAGAAGGAGAGACAGACGAAAGAUAGGCUUGCGAGAGAGAAGGAAGUUAUCAUGGCGGAGAAGUACGCCAUUGAGAGCAGUUUGGCGGACACGCGCCUGGAACUCGAACUGAAAGACGAAAAACUGUCCUCCCUCCAGCGCGAAAUGGACGAAAUCACCUGCAGCGGCAAAACCGAAGAGGAAGUAACACAACUCCGCCGCCAGAAAAUCGACUGUGAGCGCCGUCUCGCCGACCAAGAGGAAGAACUCGACGAAUUAGCCGGUCAAGUCCAGCUCCUCGAACAAGCAAAACUACGUCUGGAGAUGUCGCUGGAGUCAAUGCGUAAGGAAGCAAAAAAAGAAGCACAAAUGCGUGACGACGAACUGGAAGAAAUCCGCUGUAACGCCCAGAAGAAGGUCAAAGCUUUGGAAGCGCACCUGGAGAACGAACACGAGGAGCGAACACAGCUUUUGCGGGAAAAACACGAACUGGAGCGAAGACUGGCGGCCGCGGCCGAGUCGGAACGAAACGACCGCGCUGGCGAUGAGGCGCUUUUGCAUCGAUUGAAGCGCGAUUUGAAACGAACUAAAGUGCUGUUGAGAGACACACAGACGCAGUUGGAGCGCCAGAAGGCGGAAAAUCCCGGAAAAGCGAUGAUAAGACAGCUGAAAAACCAGCUUGAAGAUUUGGAGUGUGCGCGAGCUCUGGCUGUGAAAACAAAACAGAGUCUCGAAGCCGACUUGUCCGAAACACAGGCGUCCUUGGACGAAGCCAACCGAUUGAAACACGAAGCCGAGCAAAAAGUCGUGGUUUUAGCGCGAGAAAAGGGCGAUCUUCAGAGCCAACUUGAGGAAAAUGAGGAAGAACUGGCCGAAGUACUGAAAAAAUACAAAACGACAGUUCAGCAAAUGUCACUGGAUCAGAUCGCCUUGCAGGAGCAAGUGUCACUUGUUUCGGAGCUUGAAGUCGAACGCAACCAUUUAAAAGAACAGUUGGCUGAGCUUACAACAAAACUAGAGUCGGUUGAAAGCAUGGGCGAUGCGUCUUCAAACCUACUGGUUAAAAGAACCGAACUUAAGGUCAAAGAACUGGAAUCGAAGCUUGAACUGGAACAGACCACCAGAGGGCGGCUUGAGGUGCAAAUCGCUCGGUUGAAGGAGGCUGUGGAGAAGUUGCAAUCGGAGUUGGCGACGGCGCGUGUCAAAGAGCAACAAAGUCAAGACCAGAUUCGGAAAUUACAACGGAAUUUACGCGAAGUUAAGGAGGCGUUGAAUGAAAGUUUGGCAAAGGAAGCGGAAGUGGUGCAGAAGAAGAAGGAGUUGGAAAAGAGAUAUGAGGCCUUGGAGGUGGAAACAACAACGGCAAGGACUGACUUGAAGUUGGCGUUGAAACGGAUUGAGGAUUUGCAAGCCGCCAUUCAAGGGGAACUUGAUAAUAGCACGUCGGAAAAUUCAGACAGCGAGCAAGACACCUACAGUUCGGACGAGUCUGUGAGCACGUUUUUGGCCAACAAUAAGUCUUUGAACGACUUUAAAUCAAGCAGCAGUCGUUCGAGCACUGGCAGUACUUUAGGCAAGGACUCGUCGUAUGCCUGAGUGGCGGCGAACGUCUGUCGAACGAUUUCGAUGACGUUCUGCAGACAAGAGGAUGAAGUCGCUUCUGAUUACGUUUGAUCAGAACUUGUUUAUUUUUUAUUAUUGUGAUAUAAGACUGAGAUGAUUUCGAGUUUUUAUACAACUGUUGUAAUCGUACUUAACGCUCUCAAUUACUAGGAAAAAAUCAAAAGAAUGAAAUGUGACGCAAUCAAACUCCUUAGAAGGGGCCAGGUUAUCAUUUAUCUACUAUCAGUUGUAAUUUUUUGUGUAUAGUGGGCGAUUUUUUGGAGGAAAAUCGUUGAUAAUAUAUUCUUUAUAGACAUGUACUGUAUAUACGCUUCCCAGACACACACAGACAAUGUUCAUAGUAAUCGGUCGAUGUAUUAUAGCAGUUGGAACGUAAUAAGUGUUAGGUUUUAAAUUUUUUAAGUCUCUUCUGUACCUAGACAUUUUACCAUAUUCUGUAUUAUAAUUUCAAUGUUGUGGAAAUAUAUUGUUUACAAAUAUAUU